UUACAGUAUGGAGCUGACAAGGAUUCUUAGGUUGAGGCGGGGGAAGUAAAAGGUUGGAAAGAAAAAAUUUCAAAGGCUAGAGAAGCAUCGGUCUUCGGUCGCCAUGGCUGUCUGUGUCUGUCAUAAGGACUUUAGCAUACUCACAGUUUUGCUUUUAAAAGGAAUGUAACCCUAGCCAGGCGUGGUGGCGCACGCCUUUAAUCCCAGCACUUGGGAGGCAGAGGCAGGUGGAUCUUUGUGAGUUUGAGGCCAGCUUGGUCUGCAUAGUGAGUUCCAGGACAGCUUGGGCCUACAGGGAAACCCUGUCUCAAAAAGAUAAUUAAAAAAAAAAAAAAAGAAUGUAACCCUAAAAUAAAUAGAACUGGAGUGGAGACAAGUUCCAGAAUUGCAGCUCAGUGGUGUUCAUGUGCCCCCUGCUGGGGGAGCCCAGACAUUUCAAAAGGAUGGAGGCGCUUCUCCCUGGCCAGCCUCUCCCAGCAUAAUGGAAUCCUGUUAUCCGACCCUGUUGUGUAGGACAGCAGACAGUGCCAAACACAGGCACUACCCAUGGCCCUUGAGGAGAGGGGUAGAUCUUUCAGGGGCACAUUUAGGACAAAACUGGAUAGAGACCUAGUUGAUGCCCAGGUAUCACUGCUGUCUGGGUCACUGCUCCCAUGGAAACCAGACCUUGUGGGUGAGGAGGACACACCGUGCUUCCUGCCAAAUUCAUAACUUCCUGCCCCCUGCAGAAAUACAGCUCUGCACCUACAUACAGCACCUCCUGCUCAGACUGCCAGUGGAAACCACGCUGCAGCUCAGGAUUGAGGAGCGUGGUCCCACGAAGGUGGAGGGUCAGGGUCUCCCACAGGAGCUGCCCCUCUUCCCCAGGUUCCAUAAUGAAGGCCUGUAUGCUUAUAGUUCCAGUUCCUGAUGUCCGGACCUGCCACUUCUGCCUCUUAGAAGACCCUUCCUUGGGCUGCAUUUCCGGCUCAGAGAAGUGCACCAUCAGCAGUUCGUCCCCAUGCAUGGUGAUCACCAUCUAUUUUGAUCUUAACGUUCGUUUCAACGUCCGAGGCUGUGGACAGCACAACUCCUACCGCUGUAAAGAAAAGCGCAACACCUACUUCCCAGAGUACUGGUACCAAGCCGACUGCUGCCAGUAUGAUUACUGCAACUCCUGGUCGAAGGCCCAGGUUCGGGACCCUCCGCACAGGCCCUCCAAAGGACCCCUGGCUCUGCCCCUGUCUGGCUCCCAGACAAGCCAGUUCUACCAGGCCCUGAACCUGUCCUUGCCCCUGCCUAGCUUCCAUGUGGAUAAGGAGCCCGAGGGCCUGGACCCCCUCAUCACCUUGCCCCUGGAGCUGGGCUUCUCCAUUGCUGACCUGCGCCGAAUAUACCUGUUUCUCAACAGUUCGGGACUUCUGGUUCUUCCCCAGGGCAGACCCUGACCCAUUUCCCUUCCCACCUCCUGCUCUUUCCCAGAAUGGCCUCCCACACUGCCCUCAGAAGGUACUCGCAUCCCUGGUCCCUGAUCUCUCGGGCCUCUCUCACCAUGUGUGGCCUUCUAAUUCUGUUGCUAGUCUUCUGAGCUCCUAGGCAAGAAUCUCAAGUAUGGAUUCCACCCAGACUGGUCUGAGAAAGGCACAGAGGCCCCCAUCCUGAGUGUCACCAUCUUCCCAUCCCUUCAUCUGGUCACCUGCCACAUUCACUCAACUGGCUCUGUAUCUCUUGCCUUACGCCCAUCUCUAAGACUCAGUGCCACGCUGAGCCUACAGCAGGAAGGGUAAAGGGUAGACUUGUGUGCAGCUUUCCUGACCUGGUAACCUGGUCUUAUGACCUCCACCAUCCUGGUCUGUUGCUCCGACUUUGUCCCAGUCUGGCCUCCUCCGCCUCAUUUCAGUUCACUGGGGGCCUCCAUCCACAGCCAUCCGUGCCUGGUGAGGAGGGGCAAGGUCCAUCCUCAUUUCCUCCACAAUAAACCAGGAUUAGGGCAAA